GCAGAACCAGAUGAGAGCAACGCCCGUUAUUUUCAUGUGGUCAUUGCUGGCCCCCAGGAUUCCCCCUUUGAGGGAGGGACUUUUAAACUUGAACUAUUCCUUCCAGAAGAAUACCCAAUGGCAGCUCCUAAAGUACGUUUCAUGACCAAAAUUUAUCAUCCUAAUGUAGACAAGUUGGGAAGAAUAUGUUUAGAUAUUUUGAAAGAUAAAUGGUCCCCAGCACUGCAGAUCCGCACAGUUCUGCUAUCAAUCCAGGCUUUGUUAAGUGCUCCCAAUCCAGAUGAUCCAUUAGCAAAUGAUGUAGCGGAGCAGUGGAAGACCAAUGAAGCCCAAGCCAUAGAAACAGCUAGAGCAUGGACUAGGCUAUAUGCCAUGAAUAAUAUUUAAAUCGAUCCGAUCAUCAAGUGUGCAUCACUUCUCCCGUUCUGCCAAGACUUCUUCCUUUUUUGUUUGCAUUUAAUGGACACAGUCUUAGAAACAUUACAGAAUAAAAGCCCAGACAUCUUCAAUC